GAUAACUAAACCUAAUUAGUGAUUUAAUGAAUAAGUGUGUUGUAGUUGGUCGCUUAAAAUGUGGCGUUUUCUAUUCGUAUCCAACUGUGUGGUUUUAUUAUCCUUAGCGGCGAGCAGCGAUAUAGUAGACUACGUUUCCAAUAGCUGCGAUAAACAUCAAUAUAUAUUCCACUUGACUGACAUUCUUUCCACCCGUCAAAAAUGUCCACAAUCAAUAGCUAAAAUGCCAAACACCAUUUAUCUGCUUUACGACGUAAACCCGCCGGAAGGUUUCAAUUUGCGUCGUGAUGUCUACAUACGUUUAGCGGUAUUCGUUCGCCAGUUAGCUAGUCGCAAACCUUUCCAAAAUGUGCGUUUAGUGCUGCCACCUUGGCGACGGCUAACUCAUUGGAAAUCUAGUCAUUUGCAACAACAUAGCCUGCCCUGGGAGCAUUUUUUUGAUAUCGAAAGUAUGCGACGCUAUGCACCUGUGCUCGACUUUCCUGAAUUUUUAACAGAGAUCGCCCAGUUCGGUUUACAAGAGCCACCUUACGUACAGGUACAACAAGUGUUCCAACUAAUGAACUUCGAAUACAUGUUCGAACAAGACGUUUUCCAUGAGAAGUUUGAAUUCGAGAGCGAUUGCCGAAAGGAACAGCACCUGCAAGGUUAUCUGCUACAGCAGCCAAUGCUGCUUGAUAACGAUUUUGUCUGCGUGCGCUAUCAAGGGAGUGUGAAUUUACUCGAACGUUUGCUUCGUCAACAAUUGAAAAACAGCGUAGGACAGGCGGCAAACGAUGUCAAAGUGUACGCCAUACUCAACGCAGAGAUUGUGCUGCAUGAUCAGUGGGGCGAUAAGGAAUUUUGGCGCGCGCGUCGAUCAAUGCGGUUCGCAGAACCACUACAACAAAUAGCUGAAAAGUACCGGGCACGUGUGCUAAAUUCACAUAAAGUCGAUGAGCUCGUACAGAGACCGCCGAUGUGGGAGUCUGAACGUGUAUACCGUGAAGCAGUGGGCGGCGACUAUUUAGCGGUACAUUUUCGACGUGGUGACUUUGUGCAUUGGCGGCAAAGAAGCACGCCCACAUUAAAGUCGGCCGCCACACAAAUACGCGAACAACUGCAUUUACUCAAUCUAACCACUGUCUAUAUAGCCACCGACACCACUGCUAUGGAGUUGACCAAUUUGAAGGCGUACUUGCAGCGUGUACGCGUGCGUCGCUUCACACCGGAAUCGUUGACACAAAAAGCACUCAUUAAGGAUGGUGGCCACGCAAUAGUAGACCAAAUAAUAUGUGCACACGCACGACACUUCAUCGGCACUUUUGAAAGCACAUUCAGUUAUCGUAUAUAUGAAGAGCGAGAAAUAUUAGGAUUUCCCAAACAUACAACCUUUAACACGCUCUGCAAGUAUGCAACACUUGAAGAUUGCGAAAAGAAUUCGGUUUGGCCGAUAGUCUACUAACAAAAUGCGUUGGGGGUCAACUUUAACCAAGCUCUGUACCUCAUUUUAAGGCAUUUAAUUUGUAGUUAAAAGCGAAUUUAAUACAUCGCCGCUUUAGCGGCUGACUGGUUAUUUACUUAAGCAUAUUAAAGUGACAUGUGAAAGAGAUUUAAGUUCACUAACGCUAUGGGUUUUUCAUACUAUUUUUUAUAACUUUACAAUCGUUUCCUCGCACUUUGUUUGAGUUUGUCAGACGUUUCAUAAUACUCAGUAAUUAAAAAAAUUAAUACUAUAUGAUCACUUAAUUAUAAUAAAACGCAAUAUUUUCGAAUUCUCUAUUUUUUCUGAGGUAA